UGUCUUACCCACACACCCAUGCCAAAAAACCAACACUUGAAUGGCCUCAUAAAAAAACCUCCUAAAGAAACGCUUCUUCAUCUUUUGAUCCCCAGACCAUUCUCUUCCGAUAUUGUUACCCGAUCGAUCUCCCCCUUCCCCGGCCCUCUCAUUCUCGGGGGAUCUCCUUCCACCCUCAGCAACACGGAGCCGGAUCAUUGUUUUGCUGAUCUAAACUAUGCUCGGAAUAUCGAAUAUUUGCAAGGGAUACAAAUCCUUUUUAUUGAAAUGGAACGCCCAAAACAAGCAUUCUCGUUCGAUUUCAGAAAGUGAUGACACGACCAAGGAGAAAGAUGGGAAUGAUUUUAUAAUUAGUUAUCCAUCAACACCAAUAGGUGGUUUGAAUCAUACGCACAGCAUUGAUGAUAGCUUACUCAUGCGUCGAACUCUUUCGAGGAAUAAAAGUAGCAGAAGAUGCAAGACCCCUACGCCAAGGUCCUUCUCAAGAAGUAUGAGCCGGAGCACCACCCCGAAUUCAUUUUCGAGCAUUUCAAGUCGUAGGAACCCCUCCGAGACCGAUAUCCUUGCCUCUAUAACAAGAAAUCUGAGUCGGGAGGCCGAAAUUGCUGCCUCUAUAUCAAGGAAUAUAAGUAGGAAUAUGAGCAGCAAUAAAAGCCGCAAUUUGAGCAGGAAUGCGAGCAGCAGACACCCGUCUGAAUCGGAAUUACCCUCUCCAUCACCUGCAUCUCCACCGCCCGCCUCUCCAACACCGGCCUCACCUUCACCUGCCGCCUCUCCAUCUACCGCUCGAUCGCCUCAUACCAGUAAAACAACAGGCACAUCUGAAACGGACCCUACCACACCUCUAUCAAGGACUCCGAGCAGGAGGAGCACCACCCCCAUUGUGUUCUCUCAGACAACUGCUAGAAGGAAACCUCCCCCGGUUGAGAAGAAGCUUGAAUUCACACUCGAGGAGUUGUGUCAUGGAUGCGUGAAGAAGAUCCAGGUUACUAGAGAUGUCAUAAACAAUGCCGGGAUUAUUGUGAAAGAAGAGGAAAUACUGAAAAUAAACGUGCAGCCAGGUUGGAGGAAAGGAACCAAGAUCACAUUCGAAGGGAAAGGGGAUGAGAAACCAGGGUACCUUCCAGCCGAUAUCAUCUUCUUGAUAGAUGAAAAGAGGCAUCCUUUGUUCAAAAGAGCAGGCCGGGACGAUUUGGAAAUCGCUGUUGAGAUUCCACUGGCGGAUGCAUUGGGAGGCUGCUCGUUUCCAGCUCCUUUGUUAGGAGGUGAAACAAUUAGUCUGUCAUUCGACGAAAUUAUACCUCAUGGUUAUGAAAAGGUCAUCGAAGGACAAGGAAUGCCAAAGCUUAAAGAACCAACAAAGAGAGGUGACCUCCGCAUUACUUGUCUCGUUAAUUUUCCGAAAAAAUUGAGCGACGAGCAACGAGCAGAAGCUGUUUCAAUUUUACAAGAUUGUUCUUAUCAGUAACUCCACCAAGCUACAUGUGGAUUUAAUGGCACACGACAAUUUUUUCCAAUUUACAGUAUAGGCUCACUUUACAGUAGUCAAAUUUUGCAUUGCAUUGCAUUUUCAUGUACAUAGCUACCUAUAUAAUGCCUCCAUUCUCAAGGGUUCCAGAGAAACAGGGUAUCCCUAGUAGAAUUCAACUAAGAUUUUUGUGGUAGUUGGUGUUUGGAAUGUAUUGGUAUUAAGUCGGCAAUAUUCUUCAAGUGUUUUCUUACCCUUUCGAAUUGUUUGCUCC